UUGUGGUUUAUUGUGUGUUGGGGGGGGAGGGCGCUGAUAAGGUGGGAAAGCCCUAUUGCAGUUUUCCCCUCUUCCAGCCCCGUCCCUUCCGAUGCUCCCCCUCCCAGAGUGGGGAAGUGGAAGGUGGGUGGGGGGCGAAGCGGGCUCAGCGAGUGAUUAAUCCCCGGGAUAAUAAAACUCCCCUUUCCCCGGGGACCCUCCGCGCUGAUCCUGCAAAGCUCGAUUGGAGAGAGUCAUUUUCAGAGAGCGGAGCCCUCCUCUCCCCGAGCCAGAGGAGACUUGGUUCAUUCCAGCCGCAGCAGCUCAGGGCUUCCACGUAUUAGGGAUUUUUCCGAGCAGAAAAAAAGCUCUCUCCUGACCUCCUUUCUCCUCCUCCGCCCGGUCGGAGCCUCAGCCAUCCUUUGCCGAGCCCGACCCGGCCAUGAAGCCCUCGUCGGGAUGGGAGCCCAGGGGCUGCGGCGGCCCCAAUCCGAGUGUGCGAAGCGAAUCCGGGAUAAGGGCUCCCGUGCGGGCUGGAGGGAGCCGCCUGCUGCUCCUAUGCUGGGUGCUGUUCAUUGCCUCGGCCACCGGCCAGAAUUGCACAUUCAAUUUGCAAGGCCCCAACGGAACAGUCGAGAGCCCUGGAUUCCCGUAUGGUUAUCCCAACUAUGCCAACUGCACAUGGAUCAUCACAGCCGAGGAACAGAACAGGAUACAGCUUGUGUUCCACGCCUUUGCACUGGAAGAGGACUUUGAUGUAUUGUCCGUCUUUGAUGGAGUACCAGAGCAAGGGAAUCUUCGAACAAGGUUAACAGGUUUCCAGCUUCCUGCCCCCAUUGUCAGCACAGGUGUUGUCCUCUCUCUGUGGCUUGUGAGUGACUAUGCCGUCAGUGCCCAAGGCUUUCAUGCCAACUAUGAAGAAUGGCAUUAGUGAUUCAGACCAGCCAAUGGGAAGAAACCAGACCUUUUCAAAGGCAGCUCCACACUGAAGAAUUGCAGUGGUAUUUCUGAAUUUCUAAAUAUAAGUAACUCUCUUAGGUGGGUAGCAUGGUGGUUUUCAUUUUUCCUCUGGUUAAUAAAAGAUGAAGAAUC